AGACACAGACACGACGCCGAGUGUACGGUACGGGUACUCGGGAACGCGAGCACAGCGUCCAGCAGCAGCGGAACUCCGUCACGGGACUCGCUCAAGCGGCGCGCUCAGCUCCACACCGCGUUCCGAACUGAGACUUGCCGACGGAGACGCCGACUGAGAGGACCGCGACACGAUGCAGGAACCGACAGUGGUGAUGCCCAGCACAGUGUUCUUCAGCAACCUGCGGCCCGAGGCCGAGCCCUUCGAGCCGCCGCCAAUGAAGCACUCCGACACGCGCGACAGCAUCUCGUCCAUCGACAGUGACAUCUCGUUGACGUUCGACCACAAUGCGGAAGAGGGCGCGCACCUGGCCGACAUGUCCGACUGCGGCUCCGACGCCGCGGAGUCGACCCCGUCGGCGGGUUCCAAGUCAGCGGCGACCAAGGAAGAGCCCGCUAAGGACGAGCCCCCUUUCGUGCCGCCCGACGACGAGCUCGCGCAGAAGAUCGUAGCCCAAGUGGAGUUCUACUUCUCCGACGUGAAUAUCACCAAAGACGCGUUCCUGCUGAAGCACGUGAAAAGGAACAAGGAGGGCUACGUGUCGCUGAAGCUGAUCUCGAGCUUCAAGCGCGUUAAGCACCUGGCGCGCGACUGGCGCUCCGUGGCGUACGCGCUCGAGCGCUACUCGACCAAGCUGCAGAUCAACGAGGCGGGCACCAAGCUGCGCAGGGUGGACCCGCUGCCGGCGUACGACGAGACGGCGCCGUCGCGCACCGUCGUCGCGGCGCACCUGCCGCCCGACAGGCCCACCAUCGAGGGCGUCGCCGACCUCUUCUCCAGCUACGGCGACAUCGCGCUGGUGCGCAUCGUGCGGCCCGGCAACCCCGUGCCGCAGGACGCCAGGGCCUUCCUGGCGCGCCACCCCGAGCUCGCCGGCACCGUGUGCGCGCUGGUCGAGUUCACCACCACCGAGAGCGCGCACCGCGCCCUGGCCGGCUGGCGCGCGCGCACCAGCGGCGUCGCCGUGCACGAGCUCGUCUCGCACGACGCCAACAACAACACGACCGCGGCGGGCGGCCAGCAGCAGCAGCCGCCGCGCAAGAAGUCUUCGGUGUCGUCCGGGCCGUACCACAGGAAGUCGGUGGUGACGCGCCUGGUGACGAGCGACUACUCGAGCAGCUGCUCCGAGGCGGAGACGGAGCCGCGCCCGCCGCCCUCCAACCCGCACAACAUCCCGGUGGCGCCGCUGGUGCAGGCCGUGUCGGCGGCCAUCCGCAGCACGGCCGGCGCCGCCACCAUAGUCGCCGCCAAGGACCGGCAGGUAACGCGCGCGCGCACCGCCCCCGAGCUCUGCCCCUGGGUGGCGCAGCGGCGCGAGUCCGACUUCCGCCCCCGCUCCAACAGCGGCGUCACGCACCUGCCGGACAACGUGCUGCGCAUGCCGCGCGGGCCCGACGGCGGUCGCGGGUUCGCGUCCCGCCCCAGGCCCCUGGUCUGCGCCUCGUGAGCGCAGCCUCCUCCUUCCCGGCGGCGGGGCUUCCGAUCGGAAGCCGCAGACCUCGAGCGGCGCGUCGACCUCGGCCUCCGUGGCCGGUGACUGGCGCGGCCUUGGCCGGCCGCCCGCACCCGCCGGCCGUGACACCGAUACCGAUGCGGCGCCGCAAGGUCAGCGGCGAGCAGUGCGUGCGCGUGUGUUCGUGUGUGGUGUAUCGGCCGUCGAACCGCCGUCGGCGCUGCUCUCUCCGAAUCGGGCCAAGGCGGUCCGCUUCGGAGAAAUAGAGAGAGACAGUUGAUAUCUGGGCGUAUCUCCCAGCCUAAGUUAUUCGAUAUUUAUGUUGCUUGCUCCUCUUGUGUUUGCAUCUCGAGUGUUGUUCAGCGAUCAUUUCUAUCCCAAGAAUCUUAUUCUUGUACCCUUUCAAAUAUUUCCCUUCUCUUCUCGGCAAUAAUCAGUAGAGAAAAAACUCCGAACAUAGACUUUGAUUCAACCUUCAGUUUGCUUUCCCUCUUGUCGACAAACAUUCCUAUCUUGGCCUCUAAAACUAAAUUUAUUUACAAAGUGCACUUGUUGUUUGUCGGCGGGAGGGAAACGCUACAGCUGUGCCUUAAAAUUUUCGCUCCAAAACACUCGUUAACUGCUACGGAAAUCGUAUUGUAAAAAUUGUGUGCUAAUCUGAUGUGAUCUUGUAUAUGUAAACAUAUACGUAUUGUGAUGCAAAUUAUAAUGUAAUAGCUUUUCUCCUGAGGACGAAGGCUAGAAACCAAAGACUGAAACAAGGAAAUUAGGAUAAUAUGUUUGGUUGGAUGUGUAUUUUGUAACGAAUAUUGUUGUUCUCGUUUGAUCUUUUUUUGUGUUUGUUUGAACUGUACUGUCGACGUCUGAGAAUGUGUACACAUUUUCCUUUUUAAUAAUGAAUGAUUUUCACGUUA